AUGAAGGCCAAGGCUGGUCCUGCGUUGUUUCGCCCGCUGCUAUGGCGGCGGAGCUUCUCCGUCACCACCACGCGACGGGCCAUCAACAAGAUCGUGCCGUCCGCCCAGGAGGCCAUUAAAGACCUGAAGGGCUCGUCCAUGAUCUUAGUUGGAGGCUUUGGCUUCUCCGGUGUGCCCAAUACCCUGAUCAACGCUGUGCGCGACCGUCCCGACCUGCGAGACUUCACCGUCGUCUCCAACAAUGCCGGCAUGCCGGGCGUGGGGCUGGGACAAUUGCUCGAGACCCGGCAGAUUAGCAAGAUGAUCGCCUCCUUCAUCGGCGAGAACAAGGUGUUUGAGAAAAUGUACUUGGAAGGCGACCUGGCUCUGGAACUCACCCCACAGGGCACCAUUGCGGAGAAGUGCGCCGCCGGUGCUGCUGGAGUGCCUGCUUUCUACACGCCUGCUGGUCAUGGAACCAUCGUCCAAACGGGUCAGCUGCCGGUGCGAUACAACAAGGAUGGCACCGUGGCCGAGAUGUCCAAGCCCAAGGAGACCCGCGUGUUCAACGGCAAGACGUACAUCCUGGAAGAGUCCUUCUUCGCCGACUACGCGUUCGUCAAGGUGCACAAGGCCGACAAGCUGGGCAACUGCCAGUUCCGCAAGGCCAUGAACAACUUCAACGAGGCCAUGGCCAAGAACGCCAAGGUCACGUUUGUCGAGGCAGACGAGCUGGUCGAGGUGGGCGAGCUGCGGCCGGAGGAGAUCCAUCUGCAGGGCAUCUACGUCAACAAAGUGAUCAAGAGCACCGAGCCGAAGAAGAUCGAGAAGCUCACCUAUGCCAAGGACCCCAACGACCUGCUCCAGGCUGGAUCCGAUGAUGCGUCGGCCCGACGCGAACGCAUCGUCAAGCGGGCGGCCAAGGAGUUCGAAGACGGUAUGUAUGUCAACCUGGGCAUUGGCAUGCCACUCGUGGCUCCGGCGUUCCUGCCGGAGGGCAUCGAGGUGAUUCUGCAGUCGGAGAACGGCAUUCUGGGUCUGGGACCCUACCCGCGUCCGGGCGAGGAAGACCCGGACCUGAUCAACCCGGGCAAGGAGACGGUGACGUUGACGAACGGGGCAUCGGUGUUUGGUUCUCACGAGAGCUUUGGCAUGAUCCGAUCGGGACGCAUCGACCUCACCAUGCUGGGAGCGUUGCAAGUCAGCCAAUACGGAGAUCUGGCCAACUUCAUGCUGCCGGGCAAGGUCAAGGGCAUUGGCGGCGCCAUGGACCUGGUGGCGAACCCCAGCCGGACCAGAGUCGUUGUGACGAUGGAGCACGUGGAUAAGAAGGGCAACCCCAAGAUUUUGCCCGAAUGCACAUUCCCCCUGACGGGACCGCGCUGCGUGUGGAAGAUCAUCACUGACCUGGCCGUGUUCGACGUGAGCCCGACGGAGGGCCUGACGCUGCGCGAGAUCGCCGACGGCGUGACGGUAGACGAGGUGCGCAGCAAGACGGCGGCGCCGUUCAAGGUGGCGGACGACUUGAAGCCGAUGCUGUAG